AUUAUAAAGAUCCUUAUGUUAAACCAUUUAUUUCAGAUUGAAUGUAUAGCAACUGAUGGGGUACAUUUAGCCAGCGUGUGUUUAGGCGGUCAACUGAAAAUCUGGGACAACAGUACGGGAGAACUAGUUAACGUCAUAGACCGCAAAUCCUAUUUCAUAGACGAAAGCGACAAAUUCGUCAACGAAUGCGACGAUCCGUCCGAUUACGAGUCAGCAUCCCCUCCAUCAACUGAUGACGUUUUCCCCAAACUCACCAACAGGAUAAACACCGACUUCUCCAGCUUCAAACCUAGAACGUCAGAUGACGCGUUCGACGCGCGUUUCGAGUUCUACAGGGUGUUUAAGUUUCAUUAUAGUAAUUCCAAGUCCAACGAGGCAGCUGCUGGACAGUCCAGCUCUAGUAGGCAAAGACAGAUCAGCCGGCAGGAUAGCAACAAGUCGAAUAAUUCCAGUAGGAAAACCAGCGACUGUGGCAGUGCGAAUAGCAAGCUGUCUUCGGUGUGGUGUAUGGAUUAUGUGGAUAAUUUAAUUAUUAUUGGUUGUGCGGAUGGUAGGCUUGAGUUGUGGGAGGCUACCAGUACUAAAGUUAAGUGUAUAUUUGAAGAUGGUAACCAAUCAGGAGUUACCAACGUGAAGAUAGUGGGUUCGAGAAUUAUCGCAGCUAGAUUUGUGCGUGGUUCUUUAGAUCUCCUUCAAUUGCAAACAUUCAACCAGGGCAGGCCUGUCGAUUGGAAUUUUACCUGUGCUUACAGAAGGACGCAUAUCCGCACAGGAUCGAUGGGAUCGAUUUCAGAAAGAGAUAUAAAGAAUCAGAACGAUUCCGAGGAAGACUUGAAGUGCUUCAAGCUACUGAGCGUAAAGGCACAUCAACAGCCUAUAACGUGCCUCGAUUGCGAAGGAGGGAGAAUAGUGACUGGCAGCCAGGAUCACACCCUGAAAGUGUACAGGGUGGACAAUGGCGACCCCGUGUACACGUUGCACGGUCACUGCGGCCCUAUCACCUGUCUGUUUAUCGAUAGGGUGUGUCCGGCAACGGCCGGAAGCGGAUCGCAAGACGGCAUGUUAUGUGUUUGGGACCUACUUUCAGGGACGUGUAUGUACAGCAUCCAAGCGCACGACGGCUGCAUCAUUUCCAUAACUUAUUCGGCGAGCUACGUAAUCUCACUAGGAAUAGACGAGAGGCUGUGCGUUUGGGAACGGUUCCAGGGCCACAUCCUCAACACCAUAUUGGUGGGCCAGGUCUUCUCCAAUCACGUGCUAAUGCUGGCCCCACACUUGGCGGCCACCGGCAGAAACGGUGGCUUGAUCAUAUGGGACGUGCGCAACGGUGAAUGCGUCAGAAACAUUACGUUGGGUAGGGAUCCUUUUGUGUUUAUUAAUCAACUGAUUCUGUUAAGGGACGCGGUUUUGUGCGACUAUGGAAAGCAGCUGAGAAUCGUGCGGUUUCCAUUGAUUACUCAUAAGUUUGAUUAGGAUUGUGACAAAUGACUUACGGAGAAACUUUAUUCUUUAGGAGUUAUUUAUUUUAUUCAUUAAAUAAGAAUACCAAGGAAGGAGCGUAAUUGAGAUCCACAGAUCUUUGUUCUGUGGAACAGUCCAGGGUAUCCUCAGCAUGGAAAAAUGACAACUGUCACUGUCAUGUAUUUACUCAUUCGACAGUGUAUAUAUUUACUAUAGUGUGCCCCUUGAGUUUGUCCUACCGGGCAUUUCCUGACAGGUCAUUUUUGGAUGUCGUCUGUCGAAAUAUUCCCUACUGAUAAAAGAAAGUGUUGUCAAUGCAUGAAUAUGAAAAUUGUGUUAAACACCUACCUUAGUCUUUUUAUUCAAUGAUUUUGUUAUCGCACCUGUACCAAAUACUUAAAAGAAACUAAUGUGUUUUUCUUUGUU